AUGGCCUCGCCGCAGACUGGCACUUCCCUCGUCGAGCGCACGCCCGCUCUCGAGCACGACCCCUCGCUCGCGCGCGAGGACGUCGCUGGCCAACCCACCGGCCCUUCGUCCCCGUACCCGGUCUACCUUGACGGCUGGGUCACCCGAGGCUUCGGUCGCGGCUCCAAGGACCUCGGCUGCCCCACCGCCAACCUCCCCGACUCGAGCAUCGAGCCGUACGCCUCGACCCUCUCGACCGGCGUCUACUUCGGCUGGGCUCGCGUCCUCGACCCGGCGAGUGCGCCUCGCGACUCGACCACGACCGCCUUCGCCGCUGCAGCCGAUUCGCGGCGAGGCGACCACGACGAGGUGCACCCGAUGGUCAUGAGCGUCGGCUGGAACCCGUACUACAAGAACAGCACGCGCACGGCGGAGGUCCACAUCUUGCACGACUACCCCGCCGACUUUUACGGCAAGGAGCUGCGCGUCGUCAUGCUCGGCUUCAUCCGCCCCGAGUACAACUACUCGAGCCUCGACGCCCUCAUCAAGGACAUCAACCACGACAAGCUCGUCGCCCUCAACUCGGUCGCGCCCUCUCGCGCGCCCUACGCCUCGUACCGCGACGACGCCUUCUUCUUCGCGCCUUCGACCCUCCGUCCGCCAACCGACGACCCGACCAAGCCGAGGGUCAAGCCGAGCGAGCAGGAGGCGGCAGCAGAGACGGCCUGAGCGCGGACGAGCGAGUCGCCGAGCCGGUCGCGCAGUAGACGCAGCAGCUAGAAGUGCAGUGCAUGUUGUACGCCGUC